AUGGAUCACGAAAAUGUUAUUGAUAUGUUAGAUGUGUUCACUCCGGAUGCUUCUUGUGAACAACUGACUGAUGUGUAUUUUGUUUCAAUGCUCAUGGGUGCUGAUUUGUCGAAUAUUCUCAAGAUUCAACGACUUAAUGAUGAUCAUAUCCAAUUUCUAGUCUAUCAAACACUUCGAGGAUUGAAG